AUGGCAUACGCCAAGUUAAAAACCACCUUCGUUCCUUCAGCUGAAACUAAAAUAAUGGCUAAUAAGAAUCUGGGAAAUAAAUUAUUGGUCCAUCAAAUUGAUGAAGACACCUUCAGCGUCACCGCGAACAAUGGAAUCGCAAUGGUCCAUCUUCGAAGUAAAAUAUGUUUGUGUCGAGAGUUUGACUUGGAUAAAAUACCUUGUCAACAUGCUAUGGUUGCGCUCAGACACAAAUUUGGAGAUGAAUAUGGCAAGAUGAUUUAUGAGUACUCUUCUCCGUAUUAUAAGGUAGAGUCAUAUAUACUUGCAUAUGCAGAUCCAAUCUAUCCAGUGCCAGCUGAAGAAUUUUGGAAUCUUCCUCUGGAAAUUUUAGAGAGAGUAAUACCUCCACCUGAAAAGAAAACUAAACUGGGAAGGAAGCGGCUGAAACGAGUACCUACUAUAGGAGAAGUGGUUUCAAAGAAAAGAAAUAAAUGCUCUCUAUGUAAAAUAUUUGGCCACAAAAAAAUUUCAUGUCCUACGAGAUCGAAUGAAGUUGCAGGAACAGGUAAUGGUGUAGUUUCAUGA